AGAUACAUUUUUUCUACUCAGCAUUGACUCGAUUGUUUGCAAAAGUUUCGUAUUAAAAACAAACAAACAAUUCUACCCAAUCUAUGCUUUGAGAAUUAUUGGCUUCUAUUUCUUUUUUUUUUUUUUUUUUUUUUUUUUUAUACAAAAAAAAAAAAAAACACUUUUUUCCCCCUUUUUAAAAAAAAAAAAAAAAAUGCACUACUGUCUGCUGAGCGCUUUUCUGAUCCUGCAUCUGGUCACGGUCGCGCUCAGCCUGUCUACCUGCAGCACACUCGAUAUGGACCAGUUCAUGCGCAAGAGGAUCGAGGCGAUCCGCGGGCAGAUCCUGAGCAAGCUGAAGCUCACCAGCCCUCCUGAAGACUACCCUGAGCCCGAGGAGGUCCCCCCGGAGGUGAUUUCCAUCUACAACAGCACUAGGGACUUGCUCCAGGAGAAAGCGAGCCGAAGGGCGGCCGCCUGCGAGCGCGAGAGAAGCGACGAGGAGUACUACGCCAAGGAGGUUUACAAAAUAGACAUGCCGUCCUUCUUCCCCUCCGAAAAUGCCAUCCCGCCCACUUUCUACAGACCCUACUUCAGAAUUGUCCGGUUUGAUGUGUCAACCUUGGAGAAGAAUGCUUCCAAUUUGGUGAAAGCAGAGUUCAGAGUCUUUCGUUUGCAGAACCCCAAAGCCAGAGUGCCUGAACAACGGAUUGAACUCUAUCAGAUCCUCAAAUCCAAAGAUUUAACAUCUCCAACCCAGCGCUACAUUGACAGCAAAGUCGUGAAAACAAGAGCAGAAGGCGAAUGGCUGUCCUUCGAUGUGACUGAUGCAGUUCAUGAGUGGCUUCACCAUAAAGAUAGGAACCUGGGAUUUAAAAUAAGUUUACAUUGUCCCUGCUGUACCUUUGUACCAUCCAACAAUUACAUCAUACCAAAUAAAAGUGAAGAGCUAGAAGCAAGAUUUGCAGGUAUUGAUGGCACCUCCACAUAUACCAGUGGUGAUCAGAAAACUAUAAAGUCCACUAGGAAAAAAAACAGUGGGAAGACCCCACAUCUCCUGCUAAUGUUAUUGCCCUCCUACAGACUUGAGUCACAACAGUCCAACCGGCGGAAGAAGCGUGCUUUGGAUGCGGCCUAUUGCUUUAGAAAUGUGCAGGAUAAUUGCUGCCUACGUCCACUUUACAUUGAUUUCAAGAGGGAUCUUGGGUGGAAAUGGAUACAUGAACCUAAAGGGUACAAUGCCAACUUCUGUGCUGGAGCGUGCCCAUAUUUAUGGAGUUCAGAUACUCAGCACAGCAGGGUUCUCAGUUUAUAUAACACCAUAAAUCCAGAAGCAUCUGCUUCUCCUUGCUGUGUGUCCCAAGAUUUGGAACCGCUAACCAUUCUCUACUACAUCGGCAAGACACCCAAGAUCGAACAGCUUUCCAAUAUGAUUGUAAAGUCUUGCAAAUGCAGCUAAACUUCUUGGAAAAACGACAAGGCAGAAAUCAUGAUAACAACAGCAACGACCAUGAUGAUGCUUGUAACAAGAAAACAUAGAGAGCCUUGUUUCAUCAGUGUUAACAGAUUUUGAAAAAGCGGUACUAGUUCAAAUACUUUGGAAGUUUGCGUUCUGUUUGUUAAAACUGGCAUCUGAAACAAAAAAAGUGGAAGGCCUUAUUCUACAUUUCACCUACUUUGUAAGUGAGAGAGAAGAAGCAAAAUCUUCUUUUUUUUUAA